AUGGGUGCUACUGCUGACGAAGGCUCGCUUUCUGGACGGGUUGUUGAUGCCUACAUUUCGGCUGAACAGCCCUGGAUCGACGCUCGUGUUGCCGAAAAGCUUUGCAUGGGGCCUCCUAUUGCCUACAAGCUACACCCGGAUGCCAAGGAGAGUGACUCCCGACUGCAUGUGGUGCCAAGGACGCAUGCGUUUUACGACGGUGUCAACGACAUUUCGCUUCACUUGGCUCUGCUCUUUUGUGGGCUGCUCUUGACGAAUUUGGGAGGAGAGGAUGGACCUCCCGUUCGUGUUAGGAUCCAAGAUGCGUACGAGCGCAUCAAGGCCGAUGUUCCUGUUGGCGUCAACCCUCGAUGGAUAGGGAGGUGGCGGUGGCACGGCUGGUGUCACUACGGGAACGACCGGCCAGGAAGCACUCGUCAGUUGCCAAAUCAGUCUCGGCAGGUGACGGCUAUGCAAACGAUUAUUGCGCAGCACAACCAGCUCCAGCAGCUCAUUGCGCAGGAAGGUAGGACCCGCGACAGUUCGGCUGCUGCUUUGAGAGGUUGGUUGGAGACUGGCUUGGCGGAAAUAUUUGCAGGAUUGCUGUUCAGCCUCCAAGGAUGGCAACACCUGAUCAGGCCUGCCAAGCUAGCCAAGUACAGAACUGUUGGCUCUGCUUGGCAAGAGUGGAUGCAUGGUAUUGGUGGCAACAAGCCAGCCAAGAACUUCACUGCUGAUGAUAUCAGGGCUUGCAAGUCAACCUACUCCAGGAGGAAGCCGCUCUGGACUCUCAUGGCUACACUUGUCAAUGCUCAGAAAGCUCCAGCUUGGGUCAUCUCCAAGAUUGAGGAGCAUUACAAAGGAAGUGUUUUGAAUAUUACUGCUGCCAUCAAGCAGGACACCAUUAUGGGCAGUCUGCAUGAGGAUCUUUGUGUUGUUCGUGCUCAGUAAAGUUGACCUUAGUUUAAUCAGCAUGCUAGCCAUGCCUUAUAGUGA